CCGGCUUCUAGUCCGGCACCCUGUUGAUGUGGAUGUGACUGCCGGCCGUCACGAUUCCUGACACGUCCGUUUCGCCAUGUCCUCAUUGUCCCCGUGUGGAUCCCAUGCAGACGCAGGUCGGUGUUUGCCCCAGCGGCGGAGCCACACAGCAGCGGGAUCAUGUCUCCGCCACAGCCAGCCCGCCGCCUCCUGCUGACGGCAGGAACACAGCUGAGAGACAGUGCUGUUGCUACCUGCUGGGUCUGUCCAGCCACCAUGCAGUGUUCUUGGAAGUUCAUGGUGCUGCUAGCAUUAGCUUCAAUAGCCAUCCAGUACACGGCCAUCCGCACCUUCUCCGCAAAGCCUUUACGCCUGCUGUGCUCCGUGGGCCUGGCUCCCGCGGGCCACUCUAUCAACUGCACCCUCAAAGAUCUGACUCGAGUGAGCCGGGAGACGCUCGAGGGCUUGGACCAAUGCUGUGAUGAGAUCCUCUCCCACAUGCCCUCCUCCCCCUCCUUCUCCCUCCCUUCCUAUAAUGGCAACAAAAGAACCCACAUCCUGAUUCUGGCCACCACGCGGAGCGGAUCCUCAUUUGUGGGUCAGCUGUUCAAUCAGCAUCCAGAGGUCUUCUACCUGUUUGAGCCUCUGUACCAUGUCCAGUUGGCGCUGCUUCCUCGGUGGGCGCAGAGUCGGAGCCUGGCUGAGAGGAGGGUGAUGCUGGGAGCAGCCAGAGACCUGCUGAGGUCUCUGUACCACUGUCACCUCAACAGUCUGGAGAGUUACAUACGACCCCGUCCUCCCAACCACUCCACUGACAAGCUGUUCCGAAGAGGAGCUAGCAGGUCUCUGUGCUCCCCUCCUGUAUGUGAGGCUCCUCUAGGCCCAGAGGAGCAGAGCAUGGUGCUGGCUGAUGAGGGGGAGUGUGUGAGGAGGUGUGGGCCGCUCAAUGUGUCGCUGGCCGCUGAUGCUUGUAGAGCAAAGCGCCAUGCAGCCAUCAAGACGGUCCGGAUUCCCCAAAUCAGUGACCUCAGAGCGCUGAUUGAGGACCCAAGACUCAACCUGAAGGUGGUCCAGCUCAUUCGAGAUCCACGCGGCAUCCUGGCAUCUCGGAUUGAGACAUUUCGAGACACUUACCGGCUGUGGCGUCUGUGGAGAGCAACCGGACGUCGACCCCACAACCUGGACCUAGGGCAGAUCAACACAGUGUGUGAGGACUUCCUGAGGUCUGUGUCCAUGGGCCUGGCCAGACCUGCAUGGCUUAGAGGGAGGUACAUGUUGCUCAGGUAUGAAGAUUUGGCCAGGUAUCCUCUCCAGAAGACCAGGGAGCUCUACAGCUUCCUUGGUCUAGUUCUGCACCACAGUGUGGAGGAUUGGAUCAUGAACAACACCCGGGGCAGCAGUGAUCUGUCGUCCCGGCAGAAGUUCACCACAGUUCGGGACUCUGCUGCUAACGCCGAGAACUGGAGGGUGAAGCUGUCCUUCGACAUGGUGGUUUACGCUCAGACUGCCUGCCAACCUCUUCUUGAGCUUGUUGGCUACAAGACAGUCUUUCACCCCCGAGAACUGAGAAACCUCUCACACUCUUUGGUGGAAGACAGGACGUUCCGCCCCUUUUUGUAAACAAUGGAUGACCUGCAUAAAUCCAAACUAGACAGUACAGCUGUGUCCAUCCAUUAAUUUAAGUUCAAUAAAACAAUAUGAAAUUGUUCAACUACCAACCUACCUGAGUGAUCAGCUACCUCACUUCCAGCCCUUAUGGUAAUCAUUUAGGGAUGAAAAUGAGCUUUCAGCCAUGUCUCUGGAUAAUGCGAGAGAUUUCAAGUACUGAAAUUUACGUUUAUUAUGUGGGGUCCCUUUCAAAUAAUUUAAAAAAAGAGAGCGAGGGAUCACUAUGUUUAAAUCAAACUUAACACUUAAUCUUAUUUAAGCUACAGCUUGUGAUCAUUUAAAUAUAGCACCAUGUGGGCGUUUUGACAGUGUAGUGCGGCAACCACAACAAAAUUAUAUUUUCUUAGUUUCUCAUUAUAACUAAAGUGUUUACAUGUUAUGAUAAGGUAUUUUCAUGUAAUAAUUACAUAUUUUUCUUAUUCUUACUACAUGACUUAUUAUGUUAUAAGAAGCAAUUUUUGUCAUCGUAACAACAUAUUCCACAUUACACUAAACCAAAUUAAUUAGCAGAAAAUGAAUUUUUUAUUUUAUUAUGAUGAGAAACUAAACUUGAUGUGCCACACUGGUACAACUGGCACUUGGCCCACCAUCACCACAUACCCAAAUAAUGUUUCUCCAUUUGAUUGUUGAUUAUGUCAGUGUUGACAUGGCCUUUAUGUAAAAUGUCAUGGUUUGUUUUGCACAAAUCUGUCCAUCAGGAAACUCUGUAAAUCAUCAAGAGUUCAGGCAGAGCAUCUGGAGGACAUCACAGGGAAGACCGGCAAAUAUUCUCUCCAUAAAAGAUGAUCUCCACGUUGAUCCACAAAUAUGAUCCACUUUCACCCAAAUCAAUGAAUAAAGUGUUUUUGUACACAUUAUAAAGUUGUGUUUUGUACAGUUAUCAGCGAGGACUGGCCAGUCCCUGGAAACAUUCUGCUCCAGCAGCAU